AAUCCCGAUCCGACGGAAAGUUAGACAAACCCCAGCAUACGUUAUAGUAAGGGCUAUGUGUAAUGAACCCUUUGAAUUAAAAGAAUAAGGCAUAUCUAACUUAAUAUUAAAAAUGAACCUUCAAAAAACAACAUAAAGAGGUUAAAGUUAAACCUUUAAUUAUUAGGGGAAAUACUAAAAGGUCUCUAUUAUUACUUCUCGGGAGAAUACACAGCUCAAAAUGGUUGGAGGAAAACACAAACUUUAUGUAACAUGUAAGAUAUAUGAAAGAAAACAGUGCAUCUGAUUCUGGUUUCAUCUGAAAACCCUUAUGUCUAAAGAUUCGUUUUACUCAUCACCUAACUGAGAAAAAACGACAUGGCAACAACAGCUUAUUCUUCCCCAUUAAACCCCUUUGGCCACCUCUUUAUAAGCCUCAGUUGCAUGGCCACCCUUCUCACUUCUCACCAUCAUCGUCUUCCUCACAGAUCACUACACAGAAACAGAAGAAGAUAAAAUUUUAAAAUUAAUGGAGUCUUUGUGGGUUCGAGCUUUUAUUCUCUUGGCAAUCUGCUGCCUUCUUCCUCAUUUGGCUGAGUCCAGAGUUCGGCAUUACAAGUUCAAUGUGGUGUUGAGGAAGGCAACCAGACUUUGCUCAAGCAAGCCCAUUGUGACCGUUAAUGGACAGUUCCCUGGACCGACCCUCUAUGCUAGGGAGGACGACACGGUGCUCGUUAAAGUUGUCAACCAUGUCAAAUAUAACCUUUCCAUUCACUGGCAUGGAAUCAGACAACUCCGAACAGGCUGGGCUGAUGGACCGGCGUACAUCACGCAAUGUCCGAUUCAGCCGGGCCAGAGCUACGUGUACAACUUCACCAUCGCCGGCCAAAGAGGCACGCUCCUCUGGCAUGCCCAUAUUCUCUGGCUGAGAGCCACCGUCCAUGGUGCCAUCGUCAUCUUGCCAAAGCUCGGGGUGCCUUAUCCGUUCCCUACACCCCACAAGGAAGCUGUCCUUGUGCUUGCUGAGUGGUGGAAAUCAGAUACUGAAGCUGUGAUCAAUGAAGCUCUGAAGUCGGGAUUAGCACCAAAUGUCUCUGAUGCUCACACCAUCAACGGCCUUCCAGGAUCCAUAUCAACAAAUUGCCCUUCACAGAGGGGCUUCACAUUGCCUGUUCAAAGUGGGAAGACCUAUUUACUACGCAUAAUCAACGCUGCACUGAAUGAAGAACUGUUUUUCAAGGUCGCUGGCCACAAGUUAACGGUUGUGGAAGUCGACGCCACAUAUGUCAAACCAUUCAAAACAGACACGGUUCUGAUUGCUCCAGGCCAGACCACCAACGUCCUUCUAACCGCCGAUCGUAACUCCGGAAAAUACAUGGUGGCCGUCUCUCCAUUCAUGGACUCUCCGGUCGCAGUCGAUAACAACACCGCCACUGCCACGGUGCACUACUCAGGCACAUUGGCCACAUCCCUCACAACAAGCACCAACCCACCUCCCCAAAACGCAACACAAAUUGCCAACUCCUUCACAAACUCCCUCAGAAGCUUGAACUCGAAAAAGUACCCGGCCAACGUCCCGCUGACGAUCGACCACCACCUCUUCUUCACGGUCGGGCUCGGGAUCAACCCGUGCCCGACUUGCAAGGCUGCUAACGGAAGCAGGGUAGUGGCAAGUAUCAACAAUGUCACUUUUGUAAUGCCGACUACCGCCCUUCUACAGGCACAUUUCUUCAAAAUCAGUGGCGUUUUCACCACUGACUUUCCUGGAAACCCCCCUCACAAAUUCAACUAUUCAGGACCAGGACCGAGAAACUUGCAGACUACAAGUGGAACUAAGCUCUACAAAUUACAAUACAACUCCACGGUGGAAUUAGUUCUACAAGAUACAGGAAUCAUAACCGCAGAAAACCACCCAGUCCAUCUCCACGGAUUCAAUUUCUUCGAAGUCGGGAGAGGAAUCGGCAAUUUCAACCCUAAAACCGACCCUAAGAAAUUCAAUCUCGUGGAUCCCGUGGAGCGGAACACAAUCGGAGUUCCGUCGGGUGGAUGGACGGCUAUAAGGUUUCGCGCGGACAAUCCAGGAGUGUGGUUCAUGCAUUGCCAUUUGGAAGUGCAUACGACUUGGGGGCUGAAGAUGGCGUUCUUGGUGGACAACGGCAAAGGCCCUAAACAGUCGCUUCCACCGCCGCCCAGCGACCUCCCCAAAUGUUAAUCCAAAUGGAACACCAACAAUGACGAACCAUCAAAUGAAGAUUUUAUUUUACGGAAAAAGAAAUUCGAAAUUUUCUGUUAUACGCAUGAUGUAAAAAUGGAGCCCUUUAUACUAUUAUAUGAAAAGAAAUUAAAAAAUUUCAGCA